AUGACGACCACACCUUUGGAUCAAGGUGUCGGCUACGGCAUCGUCCUGGGCUUAGGCUUCGCCUUUGCCCUCGGAAUGAUCCUGACCACCUUUAUCCUGCGAAGGUACAAUUCAGAGCUCGUGACAUCUGAAAUGUUCAACACAGCCGGAAGAACAGUCAAGAGUGGUCUGGUUGGGUCCGCCGUCGUCUCAUCCUGGACUUGGGCUGCGACCCUCCUGCAGUCCUCGGGUGUCUGCUACCGAUACGGUGUCUCGGGCCCGUUCUGGUAUGCGUCGGGUGCGACAGUGCAGAUUCUCCUGUUCGCAACGCUGGCCAUCGAAUUGAAGAGACGUGCGCCGAACGCCCACACGUUCCUCGAGGUCAUCAAGGCUCGAUAUGGGACAGUUGCACAUAUCGUCUUCAUGGUUUUCGGCCUGGUCACCAACAUUUUGGUCAGCUUAAUGUUGAUUGUCGGUGGUUCGGCCACAGUCAGUGCCUUGACUGGCAUGAACACCGUCGCGGCCAUUUACCUGCUUCCUGUGGGUGUAGUUGCGUACACGCUCGUUGGUGGCUUGAAGGCAACGAUCUUGACCGACUGGAUCCACACCUUUAUCCUCCUGAUCAUCAUUAUUAUCUUCUCUCUGACAGCCUACGCAUCCUCUGAGAUUCUGGGCUCUCCCUCGGCGGUUUACGACCGGCUCGUCCAAGCUGCUCUCGACCACCCGGUUGACGGAAAUGCACAUGGUUCGUACUUGACGAUGCGUUCCAGUGAGGGUGCCAUCUUCUUCGUCAUCAACAUUGUUGGUAACUUCGGCACUGUCUUCCUCGAUAAUGGUUACUACAACAAGGCCAUUGCUGCGUCUCCAGUGCACGCCCUGCCAGGCUACAUCAUCGGUGGUCUGAGUUGGUUCGCCAUCCCCUGGCUGACGGCCACAACCAUGGGACUGUCUGCUCUUGCUUUGGAGAACACACCAGCUUUCCCGACCUAUCCCGACCGCAUGUCUGACGCCGACGUUUCAGCCGGCCUCGUGCUUCCCUACGCCGCCGUUGCGUUGCUCGGCCGCGGGGGCGCCAUUGCCACUCUUCUGAUUGUCUUCAUGGCUGUGACAUCUGCUACUUCCUCCGAGCUGAUCGCCGUCUCGUCCAUCUGCACUUACGACUUGUACCGCACCUACUUCAAGCCCGACGCCAGUGGAAAACGCCUAAUUUACAUGUCGCACGUCAUUGUCUGUUGCUACGCUGUGUUCAUCUCAAGCUUCUCGGUUGGUUUGUUCUACGCGGGCAUUUCCAUGGGCUAUCUAUACCUGAUGAUGGGCUGUAUCAUCUCGUCAGCGGUGAUCCCAGCUACCUUAACCCUAGUCUGGAAUGGCCAAAACAAAUGGGCUGCGGCCAUGUCGCCCAUCUUGGGCCUGGCUUUCGCUCUCAUCGCAUGGCUUGUCACCGCCAAGAAGCAAUGCGGCAACCUUGGUGUCGACUGCACGGGGAGCAACAACCCCAUGCUGGCCGGGAACGUUGUCGCCCUCCUCUCGCCCCUGAUUCUCAUACCGAUCUUCACUCUCAUCUUCGGACUCGACCACUACGACUGGAAGUCCAUGAUGGCGAUCCGCAAAGGCGACGACCACGACCUGGCCACGACAGCGGGUAUGGACCUCGAGAACACGGUCGGCGGUCACGAAGAGACGGCCGCCGAGUUCGAAGCCGAGCAGAGCAAGUUGAUGCGCGCUAGCAAGAUCUCCAAGUGGACCACGCUCGUAAUGACCAUCUCGUUCCUGGUGCUGUGGCCGUUCCCUAUGUACGGCAGCAGCUACGUGUUUUCGAAGCCGUUUUUCACCGGCUGGGUCACCGUGGGCAUUAUCUGGAUAUUCUGCUCGCUCGGAGCUGUGGGCAUCUUCCCCGUCUUUGAAGGACGACAAACCCUCAUUCGCACUAGCAAGGCCAUCUUUAAUGACGUCACGGGGAAGAAGCAUCCCAAAAUGAUCCAUGCCGAGAAUGCGACCGCGAUGGAAAACGAGAACGCUGCUAGUGGUACUGAUACCCCUCCUAAGAAGGAGAACACUACGCAGUCUGUUCUAAAGGAGUAA